CACAAGGAACGUCACUAUCAGCCUUUCCCUCUGUGUGAGGAUCCUGCUGACUAUACCAAGCACAUCUGCCAAACAUGUAUGGGCUCUUGUCACGAACAGUGUUUGUGCGACCGACAAACAUGUUGAUCACACAGCCACUUCAGGUCUUGAGCAUCGCACGGGAACUAGGGAAAAGAUCAGGAAAUAAGCUCAUACGAUUUCGUGCUGCAAGGGAACCUGAUCAACAAAGACUUCUUAAUUUUGGCUCGUUCACCUUUCAAGAUUCAGAAGCAGCAGGUGAAAUCGUUUAUCAAACUUCAACCAUAACCGUACCGAUCAACGGCAGAGCGGCAAGCAAUUAUGAAACAUUAAAGUUUGCUCCUAAAAAGAGGCAAGACCAAGAGAUUGGUUUGAUAGAAGUUGCAUCAAUGGUUGGAUUACCUCUAAAUAUUUCGGGAAGACAGGUGAUACGACAAAAGGUUGAAGAUGAAACAGAAAGUCAAGUUGCAUCAGAGUCAGAGUUAAAGUAUGUUCUAGCACCUAUCUCUCAAUCUUUACCAGAAGUCUCGUUUCAGGCAGAAGUCAAAUGUGAAAGAAGGCAAAAUGCAUCUGAGAAAAUUCGAUCGGGCAAGGGAAUGUUUUCAAAAAGAUACAGCUUUGACAGUGAAGCACCUAUUGCAACCCGAACAUUGUCACGAUUGGACAGUGCUUGGGAAAAGUUUGGUGGUUUUACAAAUCGGUACCAAAGAAAGUCAGUCUAUCGGGAGCAACAGUAGACGGAGGCAGAAGAGAAGGACGACGAGAUAGCAGUGGGGCUGUUAAGACCUGAGUUGUAUUUUACUAAUAUCCAUGUAAUAUAAUGUUGUACUGUAAAAAGAAAU